UAAAUAUACAGCAGAAAUGGCAGCAAGUAAUCGAGAUAUAUGGCAGCUCUGAAUGCAAAUAAUGCAGAUUUUAUCGUAGCAGCUGGUUGAAAAUGCACUAAAAAAUACCAGGUGUCAUUUAACACUGGCUUGCAAUUCACAAUAGACUGCUGCAUUGGCUGCCCGUGGAAAGAAAAAACGGAGAAAAACAACUUGUGCCUGGGCUCAAUUAUGCUCGCAAGGAUAACAUAAAAAGGAACAACACAUACAAACAAAAAAACACUCUCGCACACAUACGCACACGUACACACAGCAGCAGCAACGUUUCCAUAGGAUUCGCUGCGAGUGUUGCUUGCGAGCCGAGACUACGAGACACACGGCGUAUACGUAUUUUCUGUGCUGCUUUGUUGAUAAACGGACUAGUGCAUGCGCUGAAUUUUGCCUGUUGAAAAGUGGAACACUCAGACAAAAUUUGAGAUUCGAAAUUCGGUCUUAGAAUGUGCGACUAAGGAUAAUAGUAAAAGAGAAAACAAAACAACAAGUUAAGCUCAAUUUAGGCAGUGGAAGAAAACGAGUUAGAAAAAGGACAUUCAACAUGGGUAACGAGACGUCGCUGCCAAUGGACAUGUGCUCCAACUUUGAUGCAGAUGAAAUUCGUCGCUUGGGCAAACGUUUUCGAAAACUCGAUCUCGAUAAUUCGGGUGCGCUGAGUAUCGAUGAGUUCAUGUCGCUGCCGGAGCUGCAGCAAAAUCCGCUCGUGCAGCGUGUUAUCGAUAUUUUCGAUGCCGACGGCAAUGGCGAGGUGGACUUCAAGGAGUUCAUCCAAGGCGUAUCGCAGUUUAGUGUGCGCGGCGAUAAGCUAUCGAAGUUGCGUUUCGCCUUCCGCAUCUACGAUAUGGACAACGAUGGCUACAUAUCGAACGGGGAGCUCUUCCAAGUCCUGAAAAUGAUGGUCGGCAAUAAUUUAAAGGAUACGCAACUGCAACAGAUUGUCGACAAGACAAUCUGCUUCGCCGACAAGGACGAGGAUGGAAAAAUCUCUUUCGAUGAGUUCUGCUCUGUGGUGGGCAAUACGGAUAUACAUAAGAAAAUGGUUGUUGAUGUUUAAGCUAAGCGGCCAAUAGAGACACAAACACACUCACACACACACACACUUCCACAUAUAUGCACAUAUAUAUCGAUAUAUAUGGACCUACCAAAGAAAUUUUGAACUUCAUUUCAACUCGAAAAAAGAAAAACCAAAGCAAAAAACAAUUUUGAUGUAUAUGUAUCGUACGUACCUCUACCAUUUAUAUAUGUAUAUGUAUGUAUGUAUGGAUUUAUCUAAGUGCGUGCUUUAGGG